AGACAGAGAGGCUGGGUCCGGUCUCGAAAGCGGAGGCCAGGCAGGGGCGGCUACUUUGGAGCAUGCGCAGUGGCUGCGCUGGGGCGCCUGAACCUGAGCGUCGAAUGGAGGGGAAGACGAGGAAGGCGCAGCGGUUGGGGGCCUCUGGGAGGCCGGGAAGUUGAAGAGCUGAGCCCUUGGCUGGUUGGCUGAUUCCUCUGGUUCCUGCCCCUUGCUCAAAGCCACCAUGUCAGGGGCUACAAGUAAGCGGGCAGCUGGGGAUGGAGGCUCAGGACCCCCUGAGAAGAAAGCCAACAGGGAGGAGAAGACCACCACAACUCUGAUUGAACCGAUCCGGCUGGGAGGCAUCUCUUCCACGGAGGAGAUGGACCUCAAGGUGCUUCAGUUCAAGAACAAGAAGUUAGCUGAGCGCUUGGAGCAGCGGCAGGCCUUUGAGGAUGAACUGCGUGAGCGCAUAGAGAAGCUGGAAAAGAGGCAGGCUACCGAUGAUGCCACUCUCUUGAUUGUCAACCGAUACUGGAAGCAGCUGGAUGAGACAGUGCAAGUGCUACUGAGACGUUAUGAUGGAGGUUGUGAGCAGACUCAAGAAGAGCACAAGUUGGAGUCUGCAGGAGGAGAGCUAGAUCCCUCUACCCUGGGACAAGAGGGAUUGGAAAGGAGAGAAGGUGUCCUGUCCCCCAUUACUCCUCCUGCCCUUUGGAAGAGUGUGGACCUUGUACUGAAUGAGCCAUCACUUUCCUUCCUGGCUACCUUGGCCAGCAGCAGCAGUGAAGAGAUUGAGUUGCAGCUUCAAGAGCGCAUGGAGUUCUCUAAAGCUGCCGUCUCCCGCAUUGUGGAAGUCUCUGACAAGAUCCACCGGCGCACUGAGGAACUCUGCCAGAAAAUCCAUGCCCGUGUGGAGUUUGAUCAGCUAGAAGAAGCAGUGAAGGCUCUCAACAAGGACCUGACGAGAGAGAACCGACAUCUUCAGGACCUCACUACCCAGCUGCAGGAGAAGCACCAUAAGAUCUCCCUGGAGUAUACAGAGCUGCAGGACAAGGUGACCUCAUCAGAGACCAAAGUGCUGGAGAUGGAAACAACAAUUGAGGACUUGCAGUGGGACAUUGAGAAACUGCGCAAGCGGGAGCAGAAGCUGAACAAGCACCUGGCUGAGGCGCUGGAGCAGCUAAAUUCUGGUUAUUAUGCAUCUGGCAGUUCUGGCGGGUUUCAGGGAGGGCAGAUCACACUUAGCAUGCAGAAGUUUGAAAUGUUGAAUGCAGAGCUGGAGGAGAACCAAGAACUGGCCAAUAGUCGUAUGGCGGAGCUGGAGAAACUGCAGCACGAAAUGCAACAGGCUGUUAGGACCAAUGAAAAGCUCAAGGUGGCACUACGGAGCUUGCCUGAGGAAGCAGUGAAGGAGACACUGGAGUACAAGGUGCUGCAGUCUCAGUUCUCGCUGCUCUAUAAUGAGAGUCUGCAGGUGAAAACGCAGCUGGAUGAGGCCCGGGCCCUUCUGCUCACCACCAAGAAUAGCCAUCUGCGCCACAUUGAGCACAUGGAGAGUGAUGAGCUGAACCUUCAGAAGAAGCUGCGGACAGAGGUGAUCCAACUGGAGGACACGCUGGCUCAGGUGCGCAAGGAGUAUGAAAUGCUGCGCAUUGAAUUUGAGCAGAACUUGGCUGCCAAUGAGCAAGCAGGUCCCAUCAACCGAGAGAUGCGUCACCUGAUCAGCAGCCUCCAGAACCACAACCAUCAGCUGAAGGGUGAUGUGCAGCGCUAUAAGCGUAAGCUCCGGGAGGUGCAGGCAGAGAUCAACAAGGUUCGGAUGCAGCAGAGUGGCUUUCAUUCUAGUGUGGCAGCGGCGCCCCCUCCGGCAGGGAGUGAAGACCCUGGGGUCGGUAGACCCCAGGGUUAGCACGUGAAAGAGGAGGAAGGACAGCCCCCCGAAAUCAAGAAGGCCAAGGAGGUUCAAAUCAAGAAGGAGCCAAGGGAGGCAGUGGCAACUCCUCAGCUACCUGGGAGCCAUGAGGGGGGUAAAAAAGGAGGAAGAGGACCCCCCACCUCCCAGCCACCUGCCCCACAGCUGCCCCACCCGCGAGCCAAGGAGCCUGAACGGUCCAAGGGGCGAGGUGGAGACCGAGGUGGAGACCGUGAUAGGUCCCGGAUCGUGAGAAAGAGGCCCUCUUCAUCCUCCACAUCAUCAUCCUCUUCCUCAAGGGACCGGGAUAAGCAGAAGGUAGUAGGCAGUGAGGAUGCCAAGAAAAAGGAUUUGGAUCUGCUCAAACAGCUGCGGGCUGAACUCAAAAAGGCUCAGGAGAGUCAGAAGGAAAUGAAACUCCUCUUGGAUAUGUAUAAGUCAGCCCCCAAAGAGCAACGGGACAAGGUGCAGCUCAUGGCAGCAGAGAAGAAGACCAAGGCUGAGGUAGAGGAGCUAAGGGUGAGGAUCCGUGAGCUGGAGGAGAAGGAAAAGAAAGAGAGCAAGAAAAUGGCUGAUGAAGAUGCUUUGCGCAAGAUCAAGUUGGCUGAGGAGCAAAUUGAGCACCUGCAGAAAAAGUUGGCAGCAACUAAGCAGGAGGAGGAGGCUCUUCUGUCCGAAAUGGAUGUGACAGGUCAGGCUUUUGAGGACAUGCAGGAGCAGAACAUGAGACUGAACCAGCAGCUGCGUGAGAAGGAUGAUGCUAACUUCAAGCUGAUGUCAGAGCGUAUCAAGUCCAAUCAGAUUCACAAGCUUCUGCGUGAAGAGAAGGAUGAGUUGGCAGAACAGGUGCUGGCCCUCAAAUCUCAGGUGGACACCCAGUUGUUGGUGGUGCAAAAACUGGAGGAGAAGGAGCGUGUUCUGCAGGGAAACCUAGGCACUGUUGAGAAGGAGCUCACUCUGCGCAGCCAGGCCCUGGAGCUCAACAAGAGGAAGGCAGUGGAGGCUGCACAGUUGGCAGAAGACCUGAAGGUACAGCUAGAGCAUGUGCAGUGUAAGCUGAAAGAAAUCCAGACAUGUAUGGCUGAGAACCGGGCAGCUAAGGAAAAAGAGUCUUUCAACCUCAAAAGAGCUCAGGAGGACAUCUCUCGUUUGAGACGCAAACUGGAGAAACAGCGCAAGGUAGAAGUGUAUGCAGAUGCUGAUGAGAUAUUGCAAGAGGAGAUCAAGGAGUACAAGGCCAAGCUCACCUGCCCUUGCUGCAACACCCGCAAGAAGGAUGCUGUCCUCACCAAAUGUUUUCACGUCUUCUGUUUUGAUUGUGUCAAGACUCGCUAUGACACUCGCCAGCGGAAAUGCCCCAAGUGCAAUGCGGCCUUUGGAGCCCAUGAUUUCCAUCGCAUCUAUAUCAGCUGAGCGCCUGGGACCUAUUUUCUACCCAGUGGGAUCCCUUUCACAGACUCUGCCUGGAUCUCUUGGCUAAAGACCUUCUUGAGUGCAUCUGAGACCAAUCCCCACCUGUUCUGUGGAUCUCCUUUCUUCAUCUGUUUAAAAUCCAUUCUGUGAGGCUUCCUUUGCGGUGGAUGCUCAGUUUACUUUCUUCUUUCUUUUGUACCCUAAAGCUUCUGGGGUCUGCUGACUGGAUAACUCUCCUUCCCAAAUGAUUUUACCCUCCUCCUCUCUCUUUCCAUCAAAUUGCCUUUGGGCUGCCUUUCCCCCUUCUUCUCUGGCCAUUUUGAAAAAUUUUAUGACACAAGGUCACUGCAGGCAGCUGUCAUACAACCAGAUACUCCUUUUUGAAGAGGGGCAUUCUUCUUUUAUUAAUUGUUUUAAGAAUUGCUUUCAGUGUUUCUGAAGUAAAAGUUGGAGAUGGUCCUGCAAGAUCUUUCUCUCUUCCUCGGAAA